GGAAAUGGAAGCUUUAUACAGUCUUCUCGGCUUGGAGUGGUUAGACACCAGGAGUGUUUUAAUAUUUUUCUGUGUGUUUUUGCUGCUGAGCGAUAUUUUGAAGAACAGAAAACCGAAAAACUUUCCUCCUGGACCGCAGGCUCUUCCUUUUAUUGGAAAUCUUCAUCACAUCAACCCAUCAAGAAUUCACCUUCAGAUCACCGAUUUUGCAGAGAAAUAUGGCAAUGUUUUCAGUCUUCAUCUCCUUGGAGGAAAAGCUGUGGUCAUUAAUGGAUACAAACACGUGAAAGAGGCUCUUGUUGAAAAAGGAGAAGACUUCAUGGAUCGGCCCACCAUUCCAUUGUUUUCCGAGGUUUUCAAGAACAAAGGUAUUGUGAUGUCCAGUGGUUACCCAUGGAAGGUACAGAGGAGGUUUGCUCUUCAUGCCCUGAGAAACUUUGGUCUGGGAAAGAAGACCAUGGAGCGAUACAUCCAGCAGGAGUGCCAGUAUCUCACUGAAGGUUUUGCUGAUCAGCAAGGCAAGCCAUUUUCUGGUCAGACACUGAUAAACAAUGCCGUGUCCAACAUCAUCUGCUGUUUGGUCUUUGGGAGCCGAUUUGAGUACGAUGACAAGGAGUACCACACUAUUCUUGAUAACUUUAAUGAGAUUUUGCGUCUACAAGGAGGUUUUUGGGUGCAGGUAUACAACAUGUUUCCCUCUGUGAUGAAGUGGCUGCCAGGACCUCAUAAGUCAAUAUUCAUCCAUCUACAGAAGCUAAUUGACUUUUUAGAAAUUCGGAUCAAAGAACACAGAGAGAACCUUGACCCCUCAUCUCCAAGAGACUACAUCGACUCCUUUCUGAUAGAAAUGGGAGACAAAGAGGACAAAGAUUCUGGUUUUGAUCUCCUCAACUUGUCAGCUUGCGCUCUGGACCUGUUUGCUGCUGGAACUGAAACCACCACCACUACUUUGCACUGGGGGCUGUUGUACAUGAUUUACUACCCUGACAUACAAGAGCGUGUCAAUGCUGAGAUCAAUGCUGUGAUUGGUUCAUCCAGACAACCUGCUGUGGCUGACAGGGAAAACAUGCCCUACACUGAUGCAGUCAUCCAUGAGAUACAAAGGAUGGGAAACAUCCUUCCUCUCAAUGUGGCUCGCAUGACAAGCAAAGACACCACCCUGGAUAAAUACUCAAUUCCAAAGGGCACCAUCAUCAUAGCAACACUUCACUCUGUCCUCCAUGAUGAGUCCAUGUGGGAGACUCCACACUCCUUCAACCCCCAGCACUUUCUGGACCAGGAUGGUAAAUUUAGGAAAAGAGACGCCUUUAUGCCUUUUUCUGCAGGUAAACGUGUGUGUCUUGGAGAGCAGCUGGCCAGGAUGGAGUUAUUCCUCUUCUUCACCUCCCUCCUUCAGAGGUUUAAAUUCUCCCCUCCUCCAGGAGAGCAGCCUAGUCUGGAGUACAAACUGGGAGCCACUCAUUGCCCCAAACCUUACCGCCUCUGUGCCGUACCACGUUAAACCAAAAGAAGUGUUGACAGCGACACUGUGCAUCCCUUCUGCUGUGUUUGAUCCCAGCGGCGCCUAACUUGUCGGUAUUAAAGCAGUUAAGGUAUCAAAACUUUGAUCUGAUACUUUGGUGAAAGUUAGACUAUAACCACACAAAAUUGUAAUAUUAUUAUCCUCGGUUUUUGGUUAAUUCCCCAGCUCCUGUCAUUCUCAGCAAUUGCUUCCACUUGUCAAUAAAUCAGUUUAACUGCAUAGCAGUGUUUUGGGCUGAAUUCCGGGUUCACCUUCAAACCAGAUCAUCACAAAAAUGAAAUAACUGUAAAGACUUUUGGGAUAAAUGUGUAGAAAUAUAGUUGUAUAAAUAAUUUAUGCUGGAAAGGAACAGUGUAAAUCAAAUGGUCAUAUUUUAAUCUAAAAUACUUGCCAUCCUGCUGUGGAAAAUUAUGUUUUUUUCUAAAUCUGCGGCAAACUCUGUAAGACUUAAUUACAAACCUGCUGAUAUCAUUUCUGCACCUGCUGAUGGGAAUUAGAUAAAAAUGAAAUAUUCCUUUGAAAACCCACUUUGUAUAUGACCAACUUCAUUAAAAAA